CAACAACAAAACAUUUUUUCCCCCCUUUUUUGAAACGUGGUGGCCUCCCCCCCCCCUUUAUUAAAAGCUUACGAAAAAAUCACGAGACUUGUCGCCCCACUUUGUUUUCGUGUGUUUCAAUUCCAGCUUUUUCUUUGGUUGAUCAACUCAUGGAUUCGUUGUGUCGUGAUUUGUGUCUCGUGUUUCAUUUCGCCCAGUGAAAAAAAAAAAAGAACGAAACUUCCCUUACCUUCGAAAAAAGAUCCGUGGAUUAUUUAUAUUUUAAUAUUCGAGAAAAAUCCGUUUUUUUUGUGUGUUGGUGGCAUUUUUUUUGUGUGUUUCGUGUCUUGGAGACACACACGUUCCAGACAAGAGAACUCUUUUUAAACCCCACCUCCCCUACAAUCCAGACGGAACACGACGUCUUCGAGUGUGUUUUCAACGACUCGUUCAAGUGAGACCAAUGACAUUUCAACGGAAAUAGCGGGGCCGAUCUCCUUUUUUUUUGUGCGUCGUUUUACGGUGUGUCAGUGUGUUUUGUGGUUUCGUGCAAGACAAACAAAAAGAAGCGAAAAAAAUGGGAAAAGUGAGGAAGAACUUUUCGAUUGGCCAGCAUCAUCGGUUACGGUUCUUGUGGAUAAAUCUUAUCGCCCUGCUGGCCCACAUUGGCCUAUCCUCUGCCGAUUACGUGGUGCUGUUGGAUACGACCAAAGAGGAUUCGUUGGACUGGACUCGCUAUCCAUUUGGACCUCAAUCAGCCACGCCUGGGUGGGUGGAGGAGAGCUUUACGAAUUUCGAGAAGGGCAUCAACUGGAGGUCGUACGUGGUGUGCGACGUGGCGUACAACAACGUCAACAACUGGCUGUGGACGCCGUUCAUCGAGCGGGGCGAAGCCAACCGCAUCUACAUCGAGAUCAAGUUCUCGAUGCGCGAUUGCUCCUUGUUCCCCGGCACGGCCCUCUCGUGCAAAGAGACGUUCUCGCUCCUCUACUACGAGUUUGACGCGGCCACUCGCGAGCCACCGCCAUGGGAGCCGGAGAGCUACAAGCUCAUCGACCGCAUUGCCGCCGACGAGGGACGAUUCACUUCAUCCAACGAGGUUAUCAUCAACACGGAGGUCCGGUCAAUUCCGGUGACGAAGAAAGGCGUCUAUUUCGCUUUCCGCGACCAAGGCGCCUGCAUCUCGCUGCUGGCCAUCCGCGUCUACUACAUCACCUGUCCGGAGGUGACGGCCUCGUUCGCCCAAUUCCCGGCCACGCCUACCGGCCGCGAGCUGACCUCCAUCGAACAGUCGAACGGCGUCUGCGUGUCCAACGCCGUCGAGGAUGCGCCGCCCAAAUACCUGUGCAAAGGCGACGGCAAUUGGUACCUGCAGGGCGGCGGUUGUCUCUGCAAGCCGGGAUUCGAAGCCAACGCCGACAAGCAAACAUGCAACGUUUGUCCGCCGGGCAAAUACAAGCACCGCAGCGGCGACGACAAGUGCCAAACUUGUCCAGACCACAGCAUGGCGCCCUAUUCUGGAUCCUCGGAAUGUCGAUGCAAUCAGAAUUAUUACAGGGCUCUCAAGGAUCCUAAGUCGAUGCCGUGUACCCAAUCGCCAUCCAAGCCGCAGAAUUUGACCGUCAACUUUGUUGACCAAUCGACAGUCGUCCUGUCGUGGAAUCAGCCGCACAACCUGGGCGGUCGCACCGACACGGUCUACCGCGUCGUUUGCGAUGCCUGCAAUGUUGGCGUCACUUACAAUCCGCCCCAGGGAACGUUCAACGACACCAAAGUCACCAUCAGCGGUCUCAAUCCCGUGACGACUUACCGGUUCCAGGUGUUUGCCGACAACGGAGUGUCGGAUCAGGUCCCGCCCAACGAGCACCAAUACAUCGACAUCGCCGUGACCACUGAAGCCUCUGUCCCGUCGAGCGUCUCGAACGUGCGCGUCAUCAACGUCCGACCGACUGAGCUGACACUGAGAUGGGACGCACCGGACGAUCCGUACUCUGACAUUGAAAUGUACGAAGUGCGCUACUUCAUGAAGGGAUUCGAGAACAACGCCAGCAGUAUGCUCAUCAACCGGCCGGAAUCGGCCUUCAGCAGCCUCAGGCAGCAGACUGUCUACGGGUUCCAGGUGCGAGCCAAGACGACCCACGGAUGGGGCGAAUUCAGCUCGCCAGUCUUCAAGACCACCGGCGCCGUUUUGGCCACUUAUGAGCACACGGAGGAGAACCUCCAAGUCAGGAUCAUUGCCGGCGCUGUUGUCGCCGGUAUCAUCAUUGUCGUCGUCAUUAUUGUCGUCACCGUCCUCUACCUGCGCAGGAGCAACGACGAGUGCAACAAGAAGCAGCCCAGCGAUUGCGAUACAUUAGAAUACCGCAACGGAGAAGGACUCGUCAUCACUUACAUGCACAAUCACCUGGACAGUCCCCCGAUUAUACCCACGCACACCAACGGAAUGACGACGCCGCUGUUUACGCAAGCUAAUGCGCCGCGUUCCUAUGUCGACCCGCACACCUAUGAAGAUCCUAAUCAAGCCGUGAGAGAAUUUGCCCGAGAGAUUGACGCCGCCUACAUCACCAUAGAAGCGAUAAUCGGCGGAGGAGAGUUUGGCGACGUUUGCCGUGGUAAUUUGAAACUGCCUCAACGGCCGGAAAUGCUUGUGGCGAUCAAGACACUGAAACUGGGCAGCUCGGACAAGGCGCGCGUCGAUUUCCUGACCGAGGCUUCGAUAAUGGGCCAAUUUGAGCACUCGAACGUCAUCUAUCUGCAGGGCGUCGUCACCAAAUCUAAUCCCGUCAUGAUCAUCACCGAAUACAUGGAGAACGGAUCGCUCGACACUUUCCUCAGGGCCAAUGACGGCAAGUUCCAGGUUCUUCAACUUUUGAGUAUGCUGCGCGGCAUCGCCAACGGCAUGCAAUACCUGUCUGAAAUCAAUUACGUUCACCGAGACUUGGCCGCUCGCAAUGUCCUCGUCAACUCGCAACUCGUCUGCAAAAUUGCCGACUUUGGAUUGAGUCGCGAGAUUGAGAGCACUACCGAAGGCGCCUACACCACCAGGGGAGGAAAGAUCCCCGUCAGGUGGACGGCACCGGAAGCCAUCGCCUUCCGCAAGUUCACAUCGGCCAGCGAUGUCUGGAGUUUCGGCAUCGUUUGCUGGGAGGUCAUGUCCUAUGGUGAAAGACCGUACUGGAACUGGUCCAAUCAGGACGUCAUUAAAUCCAUCGAAAAGGGCUACAGAUUGCCUGCUCCGAUGGAUUGCCCCGAGGCCAUUCAUAAUCUCAUGUUGGAUUGCUGGCAAAAGGAGCGAGCACACAGGCCAGCCUUUACGGCCAUUGUAGCAACCCUGGACAAAUUGAUCCGAUGCCCUGAGCUACUCCAAAGACUGGCACAGAGCAGGCACACGGAGCCGUUGUGUCCAGAAGCGCCAGACAUGCUGCAAUUCAAGUCGAUCGAAGAGUGGCUGGCAUCGCUCAAGUUGUCUCGCUAUGUCGACAACUUCCAGCAGGCUGGCGUGACGACGCUGGACGCCGUGACGCGGCUCUCUCACGCCGACCUAUCGGGACUGGGCAUCAUCUUGUUGGGCCACCAACGCAAGAUCAUGAACAGCAUCCAAGCGAUGAGGGCUCAAUUGUCCAUCAGCAUGUCGGAAGGAUUCCUUGUCUGAGUUCCUGUCGGAGCUCCUGCUGAUUUUGCAUCCGCUAUUACUACUGUUACGCCAACCCGUUUCCGAAAAACAAGGGAUGGGGAAAAAAGAAAACACGCGCAGAGAAACAAGUGAGACCACCGACGUGGAUGCAACAACAUUUCGUGAUGGUGGAAAGCAGGGGAAUGAGAAAAAAAAAAGGAAAAGAAGAAGAAAAAAAAAACAUGAUAAAUCUCGUGCGCCAGCGUCCGACAUUGCCUCGUCUACUCUCUUGGUGUGUGCGUGUGUGUCUGUGUAUUAGCAAGAAAAAAAGAAGAAGAAAUACGUGUUGUUUGGUGAGGUGGGGGAGAGAUCAGAAAGACGGUGCAACAACAACCGGAGCUGCUUGGUACUUGUGUGAUCGAUUACAUCAACUGGACCGUGUAUGAACCGGCAUGCGGUUUCAUGUCAGAAAACGGCAGCAUAUAUUAUAUACAUACUAUACAGUUUCGUUGUUUGUGUUGUUGUUGUUGUUGUUGUUGUGAAAUAGGGGAACCACCGAGAAAGAAACUGAGAGAAAUAUCAUUCCCUUCAUCCUCGUUUACCACGUCUCUCCAUCCCGCGGGAAGAAAACAAUGUACAUUAGUGUAAAUUAUGAUAUCGAAUCAUUUUGUAGCUUUAUUCUCCUUAUUUUCUAUUUUUGUUUCCUUUUUCUAUAAUUGCAAUUGUUUGUUUUAAAAAUGUGAAAAACAAACGUUUUUGAGUCCAUGCCCUUCGCGCGCCCCCUGAAAUUCGAAUUCUUUUUACGUUA